AUGAAUCUGUCCACCAUCGACGAGGACGUCCUGCUCCUCAUCAUCUCACUUCUCCGAUCAUACGAUGCCCUGUCUUUAUCCGAGACCAGCCGCCACUUCCAUGCCGUCGCACUGCCGCGGGCACUCUCCUCCGUCACUCUGAUAAACCAUCAGCAACUCACUGCUUUCUGCACAUACAUGCUUAGUGGCUCGUCGGCUCGCAUGCGUUUUUUGAAAAGUCUCUCGGUCACUUUGGGAGACGGGAAUUUCACUAACGCGCACCUCCUUGCGGACCUGCUGGAGCAUGCUCAGAGUCUUACCUCGAUCACCGUCCGCAAUGCGGUGAGUUUCAUGCAGAGCGAACCGCGCAUCGGCGAUGCACUCGCCGCGCUCGAAGGAAUUAACGACAUCGAGCUAACGGCGGUCGAAAGUACCGUGCAUGAGAUGCUCUCUAAGUUCCGUAGCAAGCCGCGCAAAGUCUCACUUACCGGCCGCGAUUUUCCCUUGCGUCUAUCUCACCUGCCUCUGCAAAAUGCAGAGUACCUCGAGGUCAGUUGUGCUAUCAUUGAGGACGACAUGCCGUCAGGAGGAUGCUAUGCAGGUCCGCAAUGGCUGGCAUGUCGAUACAUUGCUCUUAAUUUGGUCCAGAUACCUUCGAUCGUCUUCAUGCAUGCAUUUCCCAACCUCGAGCACCUGCACUGCUUCGCUACCAAUGUCUCCUCGCCAGCCACACGCACCGUGCAUAGUUCACAGAACUUCCGGCACAUUGUGCGCCCCAUCCAUUGUGUAACCCUGAGGCUCUUAUGUACGAACCACAUGCCUCCCGAAGCAGAGAUUGAGCGAGCGCUUUGCGUUUUGCGAUAUGUCCGACCCGCAGUACUAUAUCUUGUCAUCCAUCUCGUACCGCCUGCACUUCUGUGGCAGCGCAUUGUCGAGCUGUCUCCGCAGCUUCAGUAUCUCACUUUGAAGUUGUAUCUGAGAAUGGAUAUUUCGGACUGGCUGGCUACCAUACUUCCGCUCCUCGCCCCACUGGACGUGCUCUGUAUCCGUGUCUCUCUCAUGGAGCAGCAGGAGCAGCACCAAGAUGAGCUGCGAGUCGCACUUGCACAAUAUAUGUCCUCAUUGCGCUAUCUCGCAAUAAAUUGCCUAAGCCUGGAUGAUCCCUUGGGCAAAGUGUAUGCGUGGUGGAGAAUUGAGGGAUCUGGCGCGGAGCAGCGGGUGGUGGAGAUGCCGCGGGAGGUUGGCGACGCCCUCUGGCGUGCUGCCGCAUGA